AUUACAGUUUUUCUCUUUGUUUUGGUUUUAAUGCUACGAAGGGCUAUAAAAUGGUAUCCGUGAUUUACCCCUCCUUUAAGUGCAUCUUCAAGACUAGAUAAUCUGAAUUUUUUUAGUUGGUAGGGUGGAAUUAACCCUUCUUCUCCCUGUGACAGAUUGGAAGGCACCGGGACAUAUACCCUUCCCACGGAAACCAAAUACGUGGGUGAGAUGAAGGAUGGGAUGUUCCACGGCAGAGGGACCCUGUAUUUCCCAAGUGGAAGUAAAUACGAAGGGACUUGGGAGAAUGGUAUAUCCAUAGAGGGCAAAUACACCUUCGCAGACGGCCUGGAAUACCAAGAUGAGAGAUGGCAUUACUGCGAUGGAUACGACAGAAGGUUUUAUACUGAAAUCUGCAAUGGCCUGAAGCCAGCAGGCAAAUCCCAGCUGACAAAUCUGGACCCUCCUCGGAUGAUCCCUCCGGGCUGCUAUGACUGUGGCGAUGGUUUCUAUAAUCCCGAAACCAGAGUGGUUACCGAUUACCAUCACCGGUUUUUGAGGAACGCAGAUGAUGACGAACACGACUGGAUCGUGAGAACCUGCCGGAAAGGUUGGGACGAGAUCAUCGGCUUCAGGCCCAAAAAGUGAGCCCGCCCGGCGGAGGGGGCCUCCGGAGAGAGAACCAGGCGCCUCGUUUGAACCUUCAGCUUCCUUGUGCAAAGUCUCAGCACCUGUAAUUUCUCCAUUAGGGUCGUUUUGUAUUACCUUUGCUAACAAAAAAAAAUUUUUUUUUUGAAAAAAAAUGUAUAAAGCUGCACUUCAUCAGUUCUGUUAAGAGAAAAUGGUGUGAUUAAUCACCCGGCAUUUACUCUAAUACUUCCCAUGAGGUGAGCAACCAGCUUGCUCCUUUUGUAUCCCUAUUUCUGAGCACUAAAGAAUUAACUCAGAAGGCAGCCUUCCCCGGUCUCUCAAGCCCAUAUUAUAUGCCCGCCGCACCGACACCCACCCACCCGCUGCAGUGGAUCCUUCUCUCUGCACUCGGGUAUUAAUUGGGUGUUGUAAGCGUGAACUCGGGGACUACGGUUUUUAAUCACCGGUUUGCCAAAGGGAGAGAAUGGAACCACUUCGCCGUUCAGUUCACACACAACCCCGAAGUCCUAAACAAAAGGUU